UCACCAAUGGCAGAAGCAGCGUCUCCUAGCUGGGAAUCUCCAGGGAGCCCUUUUGGCCCAGUAACUCCGGCCUCUCCGCCCCCUCCGGUACUCUUUAACUUUUGCCUCGGGAAGCUCUUGUUCUCGGGGCUUCCUGAUUAAAGAUUAACUGGGAGCAGUUUCUCUCGGUCUGCGCAAAGGGAGGCUAACAAAGCCCCAGAGGGGAGAGAUGGCGGCAGGACUGCAGUUGGAGCGUGCCCUGCUGCUCUGGGCGUGCUGCGUGCUGUGGGCAGAGGCGGGCAAGCUCUUGGUGCUCCCCCAGGAUGGCAGCCACUGGCUCAGCAUGCACGGCGUCCUGCGGGAGAUGCACCGAAGGGGCCACCAGGUGGAGGUGGUCGCCCCCGCAGCGACGGUCCACAUCGCAGAGGCAGCCUUCUACACCCUCACGCCCUACCCGGUGCCCUUCCGGCUGGAGGAGCUGCAGGCCCGCUUCCGCGAGAUGAACUACGGCGUCUUUGAGAAAGUGUCGCCGCUCGAGAACUUCUUCAAGACCAAAGAGAGAGUCCGGAACAACACGGCCCUGUUCCUGUCCUCCUGCGCCCACCUGCUCCACAACUCGGCGCUCAUGGCCCGGCUGGCCGACGCCCACUUUGACGCGGUCCUCACAGACCCCUUCCUGCCCUGCGGCGUCAUCGUGGCCAGGUCGCUCUCGCUUCCCGCCGUCUACUUUUUACAGGCGCUGCCGUGCAUGCUGGACGCCCAGAGCACGCAGUGCCCCAGCCCGCCCUCCUACGUGCCCCGGGGCUUCUCGAAGAACACCGACCACAUGACGUUCCUCCAGAGAGUGAAAAACGUGCUCCUGUCCGCGGCCGAGCCCUUCCUCUGCGACUUUGUGUACGGCCCCUACGCCCGGCUGGCCUCCGAAGUGCUGGGCGAGGACGUGAGCGUCCAGGACCUCCUGAGCUACGGAUCCGUCUGGCUGCUGAGGAAGGACUUCGUAAAGGAGUAUCCCAGCCCCGUCAUGCCCAACAUGGUCUUCAUCGGCGGCAUCAACUGCGCCGAUCAAAAGCCCUUGUCUGGCGAAUUUGAAGCCUACGUGAAUGCCUCUGGGGAACACGGAGUUGUGGUCUUCUCCCUGGGCUCGAUGGUCUCCGAAAUCCCAAUGGCCAAGGCCAUGGAAAUCGCAGAAGCUUUGGGCACAAUACCUCAGACGGUGUUAUGGCGCUACACCGGAAAGCCACCCUCCAAUCUGGCCAAGAACACCAAGCUGGUGAAAUGGCUCCCCCAGAACGACCUGCUCGCACACCCAAAGGCCAGGGCGUUCAUCACGCAUGCCGGCUCUCACGGGAUCUAUGAAGGGAUCUGUAACGGAGUGCCAAUGGUGCUGAUGCCUCUGUUUGGAGACCAGAUGGACAACGCGAAGCGCAUGGAGUCCAGAGGGGCAGGGGUGAUCCUGAAUGUCCUGGACAUGACGUCCAGCGAUCUGAGCAAGGCCCUGAAGACUGUUAUCAAUGAUAAGAGCUACAAGGAAAACAUCAUGCGACUCUCGGCUCUGCACAAAGAUCGGCCCAUCGAUCCCCUCAACCUUGCCGUGUUCUGGGUGGAGUUCGUGAUGAGACACAAAGGGGCGCCCCAUUUGCGUGCUGCUGCCCACGACCUCAACUGGAUCCAGUACCAUUCCUUGGACGUCAUCGCUUUCCUCCUGGCUAUCGUGCUGACUGUCGUGCUAAUCAUCGUGAAAAGCUGCAAGUUCUGUUUCCGGAAAUGCUUCGGCAAAAAAGGAAAAGCCAAGAAAUCCACCAAACCGAAGUCUCAUUGAGCCAAGCUUCGACAAGUGGGGUGAAAUUUGGGUUUGUUCUCCCCAUAGAAUCUGCAAACGCACUCAAGUGUACCCCCCCACACCAGCGCACACGCACGCGCACACACACACACACACACACACACACCAGCGCACACAUAGCCAGGGGGCCCCUCACGCAUAUAAGUCAGUUUUAAAUCCAUUUUUUAUUUUACAAAUUCUCCAUCUUGUUCUGUUGUCUGUCAAAGUGGGAGCAUUGAGACUUAGAGCCGAAAGAUGGCCGUUUGGUCCAGCCACUUCACAUUACAGCUGAGGAAGCCGAAGCCACGUGAAGGGAGCACCUUCCAACUGAAAGUCAGUCUUGGAGGAGGGGCCUCAUGGCACCUUCACGGUUUGGCAGGGCUUUGGGAGGGGCUGGUGACGCCCCAUCCCUGAGGUCAGGGUCAGGAAAGUCUUCCUCCCAAUUAGGACUGCCUCAGCCAAAGCCUGGGUUCCCACCCGGGGCUUUCCAAGCCACCCCUGGAUGACCGUUGCCUGGGCGGUCAUUAAGGGGAGUUUGGCUAAGGUGCGCGUCGGACCCCAUGCCCACGGUGGUCCCUUCCACCCCUCCUAUUCUGUGGCCUUAAGGAGCUUCCCCGGGGUUGCAGGGCUAGUUUGCGGCCGCACUAGAGCAGAAGCCAGGCUUCCUGGCUCCGUCUCCCCUUUGUCCCAUAGGAAAACCCUAAGGUGGCUUCAGACCUGAUGCUCCUCCCCUUCUUCCCGAUUCUAGCUUCCAGUGCCGCGCUUGGGAUAACUGAAGGAGUUGGGUGUCCCCAGCCGCCCUUUGCAGCUCCUCUUUCCUUUGUCCUCCUAAUGAAUUGUGACGCUAAUCAUUUCUCCCCAAUGUGAAUGCUUCCCUCCCCCCACCCCGCGCCCUCUUUGGUUCCAGUUUCCAUUUCUUUGCAGAGCACGCCGGCUUUUCCAGUCACCGUUUCUGGGCUCGAGACACCGAGAGGUGGACGCGCCCGCUCCUCUGGGCUGCCGCUCAUCGGUAUAAUGUUGGCAGCGAAUUGUCAAGCCAACAUCGAUGAGGCCAGACACGGGGCCAGAAGGACGCCGCGCGGCACUGCGCGAAUGUUAGGGCUAGUCCGUCCUUCAGCGGCGCCUUUCGCAAAGUACAAGUUAGCCUGUUGCUCGAAACCCGACAUGAAUAAAGCCUGAUUCUUGUCCUGGA